CCAAGGUACCUCAACCAAAGAAGAAGCACAGAGGCGAGCGAUCCUUUCUAACUAACGUCUGUGCUCAUUCCUGGGAGGAAGGAUGCCGCCAUUGGGGCACUUACACAUGGAACAUGUCCUGCAGGCAGUCGGUGUCUUGGAGGCGGUCAUCCUUCGCAGUUUUGGCCCUGAAGGAGGACAGGUGCUGUUCACACGAGACACGGGACAGGCGAUGUUGAGCCGCAGUGGGACACGCAUUCUCACGGCACUACAUCUGGAGCAUCCGUUGGCCAGGAUGGUGGUGGAGUGUGUCUGGAAGCAUAGCUCUGCAACAGGCGAUGGAUCCAAAACCUUUAUCCUGCUGCUGGCGUCAUUGCUACGGUUGAUUCAUGCAGCAGCCAGCAAGGAGUCUAAUGUGUCACACUCUUAUAGCUCAACAAAAGCAGCAGAGGCUUCCACUGCCAGACACUUGGCUGACAAACUGCUAGCAUUUGGGUUGAAGGAGUUGGAUGAGCUCAUUGCUACGGGAGUGGUCCCUUAUGGAGGCUGCAUUUCGUGGGAAGAUUUCACUGUGGAAGCACAAACGCCAUCUCUCACAAACAAUCUCUGUGUUCAAAAGCUGCUAAGAUCAUUUUUUCACACACGCUGUGGUUACACGCACUGUGACUUCAGUAGUCACCUCACACGUGAGCUGCUCAGUCACUGGAAGUUUAAAAAUCAACUACCUUCAUUCUCUCUGCAGCUUGUAAGCGACUACUUCCCUGCCCUCCAUACACCUGUGUCGGGCUUUCCUGUCCGCUCUUCACGUUUAAUCGAGGGGCAGGUAAUCCACAGGGACUUUGCCACGCCACCGCUUAAGACUGACCACCAGCCAGUUAAAGCUGUAGUUCUCACCGGGUCGCUGCAACCAACAUUGCUCAGCACAGGAGACGUGCUUGAGUUGGGAUGUAGAGGCAGAAUGAAGGAGGAGAGAAGUAUUUUACACUUUAGCUCCUGGAUGGAAAGCUCACUGCAGGGUAUUAUUGCGAAGCUGCAGACUUUGGGUGUUUGUGUGCUUCUGUCUGCAGUAAAACAGUCUGCUGCUGUCCUGGCUUUAGCCACACAGGCAGAGAUGUGCCUUGUGGAGUGUGUCAGUGAAGAUGAACUUUCUCUGUUUUCCCAGCUAAGUGGAACUACUCCAAUCUGGGACUGUUCGAUGAUUGAAUCAGAGCACGUAGCCACACUGGCUUUUUGCAGGCCGAUACAGCUCGGAGCCCACAGGUAUGUCCAUGUGGCUUUCCAGGACUCUGAAGAAAGAAUCACCAUCAAACCCUGCAGUCUGAUCAUCUGUGCCCCAGGGGAAGGACAGAUUGAGCAGUAUGCAUGUGCUUUACAAGAUGCCAUUCGCAUGCUACUUAGAACUUGGGAGCCCAUGCAUGCAGCUGCAACCACAACAUCAAAGAGUACCCCGCAGUCGCAUAAAGGUGCAUCUUUACAUACAGACAGUCUGACCGAGCAAACCACAUACAGAUCCAUCGCUAUACAGCCCAUUCAAAAGUGUGUGUUAAAGCCAGGCUGUGUUUUAUCUGCUGGUGGGUUAUUUGAGCUUCUCUUACACUAUGCCCUCCUACAACAUGGACAUAGUUUCUCAGUUUCUCCUGACCUAAAUAUAGAUGCUUCUGUUUCCCAGCUCUUGGCAAAUGCCCUACUGAGCGUGCCUCAAAAGAUUUACUCUCACAGUCCGCACCAUUUCCUGGAGUCUCAAAGAAGGGUCAUAAGUUUUGUUAGUAAGUUUCCAAAAGAUUCCCACCCUUUUAGCCUUGUAUAUAAACGAGAAAAUACUAUAAGCCCUAUACAGGUCGAAGGGCCUCUGGGGGAUGGUAAACUAAGCUUGCAUUGUUGUAGAGAGGGUGACAAAUUGUCAAAAGUUUCAGAGUUGGAUCUGGGCCUUGAAUCUGUCUCCUGUAAAUACCAGCUACUUCUUGCUGUAUUGCAGUGUGUCGCAAGUCUCCUUAAGGUGGACGCUGUCCUGCCUACACACACUGCUUUACACACACAGUCGCGUAGACUCACCAGGACUUCCUGGGAGGGUACAGAGGACGAAGGCGAAGACUGAGAUUGUGUCUUAGUUAAGAUAAAAGCCAUAAACAUAUUUUCUCUCAGUGCUCCCUCAUGUCAAAGAUGGAGUAAAUACUUAGCACUUUAA